AUGGGGAAAGGACAAGCCUAUUCUGUAGUUGCAUCUGUGUUGAUGUUAGUGUAUCUGUCGUCUAAAAUCGAAUGCAGCAACCAAGUGCACGCCCUGAGCCGCCUCUACAUGUCGAAGCGAGGGGUGGGUUCCAUGGACACAAGCCAUUUCAAGGCGGUUAAGGAUUUGAAACCGUCUUCGCUCCGAGGUAUCGUCAACCAGGAGGAGUUAAGAAAGAGAGAUCUGAUACGGAGAUUGCCCGGACAGCCUUCGGUUGAUUUCGAUCAGUAUGGCGGCUACGUCACCGUCGACGAAUCAGCGGGCCGUUCCUUCUUCUACUAUUUCGUGGAAGCUUCCUCCGACUCUAAGGAUUCUUCUCCUCUGCUUCUCUGGCUCAACGGGGGACCGGGAUGCUCGUCACUGGCUUAUGGAGCAUUACAAGAGCUUGGGCCGUUCAGAGUGCACAGCGACGGCAAAACGCUUUUUAGAAACCGAUAUGCAUGGAACAAUGCUGCGAACGUGUUGUUCUUAGAAUCUCCGGCGGGAGUGGGGUUCUCGUACACGAACACAACGUCGGAUUUAGAGAAGCACGGGGACAGGAACACGGCGGCUGAUAACUACAUAUUUUUGGUAAAGUGGCUGGAGAGGUUCCCUGAGUACAAAGGCAGGGACUUGUACAUCGCCGGGGAGAGCUAUGCUGGCCACUAUGUUCCCCAGCUUGCCCAUACUAUCCUUGUACAUCGCCGGAGCUCCCUCAAUCUCAAGGGCAUUCUGAUAGGAAAUGCGGUGAUCAACGACGAGACCGACUUGAUGGGUAUGUACGACUUUUUCGAGAGUCACGCUUUGAUCUCAGAGGAUUCUUUGGUAAGGCUCAAGAACAAGUGCGAUCUCAAGACGGAGUCUGCGAGUGUGAUGACGGAGGAGUGCGCGGUGGUGUCGGACCAAAUCGACAUGGACACGUAUUACCUGGACAUAUAUAACAUAUAUGCUCCCUUGUGCUUCAACUCCACGCUCACUCGCAGGCCCAAGAGAGGAACCACAAUAAGGGAGUUCGAUCCGUGCAGUGACCAUUACGUGCAGGCCUACCUGAACAGGCCGGAGGUCCAGACCGCCCUGCACGCAAACGCUACGAAGCUGCCUUACAAGUGGGAGCCGUGCAGCAGUUUGAUAAAGAAGUGGAACGACAGUCCAACCACAGUGAUUCCUCUCAUCAAGGAGCUGAUGGGUCAGGGCGUCCGAGUUUGGGUGUUCAGCGGAGAUACGGACGGGAGAAUUCCGGUGACGUCCACCAAAUACUCGCUCAAAAAGAUGAAUCUAACGGCCGAAACGGCUUGGCAUCCGUGGUACCUAGGGGGAGAGGUGGGAGGAUACACAGAGGAGUACAAAGGGAAGUUGACAUUUGCCACCGUGAGAGGGGCUGGUCAUCAGGUUCCCAGCUUCCAGCCUAAACGCUCUCUUUCACUCUUCAUUCACUUCCUCAAUGACACUCCACUCCCUGACACCUCUCGUUACUGA